AUGACUGACAAUGAAAUGGAGAAGAUGUUAAACACGGCAAAAAAUGACAUGGAGUGGAAUGAACGAGCUAAACAUCUGGAUGAGGCCGGCAUCAAAAAACAGGCCAAAAAAGAUGACAUUCUAGAGGUAAAAGAAACAAAGUAUGAUAUUGGGAUUCCAGGCUGUUGGUUCCAAAAAUUGCCUCACAAGGACGGUAAAGGCAGCAAUGUGGGUAACCCCCUGUCUAAGGACUUCCUUCCUCUGAUAGAGACAGGUGUCCUCAAGUCCCUCCUAGUGACGGCAGAGACCGUGCUGAAACUGACCAAGAUGUGCUCCUACUGGCAGAAAAACAAAGACCGAAUCGCGGGACAGAUGGCAGUAAUACUGAAUGAAGAAGAUCUACCAGACACUAUUACAAGAGACCCGAGUUAUGAUGUUAAUGAUUCGUAUGGAGCCAUCAUUCCCCGGGUUAUUCCUGCUGGAACCAUCACAAGGAGAGCUGUGGAGAAGACAUGGAUGACAGCCAGCAAUGCUUAUGUUGACAGGGUGGGCAGUGAAAUGAAGUCGAUGAUCCAGUCUCCCCCAGGGUACCAUUUUGUGGGGGCUGAUGUGGACUCCCAGGAACUGUGGAUUGCAGCCAUUAUUGGUGACUCCAAAUACAAGAUACAUGGUUCUACCCCCUUUGGUUGGAUGACACUACAAGGAAAUAAAAAUGACAAAACAGACUUACACAGUAAAACAGCAGAGACAGCUGGAAUCACCAGAGAUCAUGCUAAGAUAUUAAACUAUGGUCGUAUAUAUGGGGCUGGACAGAAGUUUGCAGAGACUCUGCUGAUGAAUUUUAAUCACAAUCUGACCCCAAUAGAAGCUGCUGCUAAAGCCAAGAAACUGUACGAAACAACCAAAGGAAGAAGGAAACGAGAUCUGAGGCAGUGGGAAGGAGGGACAGAGAGUGUGAUGUUCAACAUGUUGGAAUCAAUAGCCAAGUCCCCCUCUCCAAAGACACCUGUACUGAGUGCCUCUAUCAGUAAAGUGUUAGAACCAGAGGUCAUAGGAGAUGAAUUCAUGACAAGUCGUAUUAACUGGGUAGUACAGAGUUCGGCUGUGGAUUACCUGCACCUUAUGUUGGUGUGUAUGAACUGGCUCUGUAGUCAGUAUGAUAUAGAUGCCCGGUUCAGCAUCAGUAUCCAUGAUGAGGUCCGGUACCUAGUGUCCAGUAAGGACCGGUACAGGGCAGUCCUAGCCCUACACAUCACUAACCUCCUAACCAGGUGUAUGUUUGCUCACGCUCUAGGAAUGAACAAUUUACCUCAGUCGGUGGCCUUCUUUAGUAAAGUGGAUAUAGACCAGUGCUUAAGGAAGGAAGUAAACCUGGAGUGUCGAACCCCUUCUAACCCUAGUGGUAUGGAGAGGGCCUACAAUAUCCCCAUGGGUAAGUGUUUCUACGUUUACUGCUAAUAAACACCACCAUAGCUAUUCAUAAAUGCAUGCUCUCUAGAUUUUUCUUGGUCCAACAUUAAGUGGUGGACUUUGUUUGCAUAGAGAAAGGAAAUGGUCAAAAGGUUAAAUAUCAGUUAUUUUAUGCAUUCUUAGAGGGCAUUCAAGGGUGCAUACAUGUCAUUGCCAACCAGACUUUUCAGGACAGAUGUAGGUAUACGUACAUACAAAACAGAUUUUGAUGCAAUUACCAAUCGGAGGGUUCAUGCAACAUACCUAAUUUAUGGGAUUAAAAUGCAAGUUAUUUUGUAAUGGAGGUUAGAAUUAUCUUUCUUUGCUUUAGUUGCAUAAAAUUAAAUAAGAGGAAGGGAGAGCCAA